AUGUCAGCAGUCGAAGAGCAUGCUCCCAUCCGGUCGAGCGUCGAGGAGAACGAAAAACGAGCCAGCAGCACGGAUGUAGAAAAGCUCGACGGCAACCAUGGAUUCAGAGUCGAUGAGAUCGAGGCCCUCGAAGCUGCCGCACUUCCCGAAUUCGAUGACCCCAACCUCGAUAAAGAUGCUGCCAUUGCAGGAAUCAUCGAAGACGACUCGCCCUACCCAGAAGUUCGGUCGGCUGUCUCCAACACCGAUGACCCCACCAUCCCGGUCGCAACAGUGCGCGCAUGGACCCUCGGUCUUAUCUGGGCUAUAAUUAUUCCUGGCCUCAACCAAUUCUUUUUCUUCCGUUACCCGGCUGUUACAGUUACUAGUAUUGUUGCCCAAUUGCUUACCUUCCCCCUCGGACGAGCAUGGGCGCGAUUGGUUCCCAAUGUCUCUAUUUUCGGACUGGCACUCAAUCCAGGACCAUUCUCGAUCAAAGAACACGUUCUGGUCACCAUCAUGGCGGGAGUCGGUGGCCCUUCUGCCUACGCAACCGACAUUAUUGCUGUCCAGCGAGUUUUCUACAACCAGACAUUCAACUUUGGCUACCAGUGGAUGAUCGUGAUGAGCACACAGCUCAUUGGAUUUUCCAUCGGUGGAAUUGCGAAGCGCUUCUUGGUCGCGCCGCCGAGUAUGAUUUGGCCAUACAAUCUUGUUACAUGUGCUCUCUUCAAUACGCUUCAUGCUCAGCAAUAUGCCGGUAUCGGAACUCGUGGAGGCUUCUCGCGUGAACGAUUCUUCUACAUCGCUUUCGCGUGCUCGUUCUCGUGGUAUUUCUUCCCUGGCUACAUAUUCACCGGCCUCUCGUUCUUUUCGUGGGUCUGUUGGAUCCGGCCUGACAACCUCGUCGUCAAUCAACUUUUCGGUGUCAACACGGGACUCGCCAUGGGUCUUGUGACGUUUGAUUGGGCUCAGAUCGCAUACAUCGGCUCCCCGCUCGCGACCCCAUGGUGGGCUGAGGCCAAUGUUGCUGCUGGAUUCGUCGCCUUCUUCUGGAUACUCACGCCCGCCAUCUACUUCUCGAACACGUGGUUUAGCAAGUACAUGCCGAUCUCGACUACUGGCUCGUUUGACAACACUGGUGGACCUUACGAUGUGUCACGUAUCCUGACGCCCGACAAGGUGUUCGACGAGGCUCAAUAUAAGAAAUACUCUCCGUUGUUCCUGAGUACAACAUUUGCAGUCUCAUAUGGCUUGAGCUUCGCCAGCAUUACCGCCACCAUCAUGCACGCAUUCCUGUUCUUCCGUAAACAGAUUUGGACUCAAGCUCGUCGUGCAAUGCACGAACAGCCCGAUAUUCAUGCGCGUUUGAUGGCUGUCUACCCUCAAGUACCUGAGUGGUGGUAUGCGAUCAUUUUCUUGACCAUGUUUGUCUUUGGUGUUGUCGGCAUCGAGGUCUGGGACACCAAGUUCCCUGUGCAAUACCUGAUUCUGGCGCUUGUCAUCUCUUUCGUCUAUGUCAUCCCCAUUGGCAUGAUCCAAGCUAUCACCAAUCAGCAAGUCGGUCUGAACGUCAUUACUGAGUUGAUCAUUGGCUACGCUCUCCCGGGACACCCAGUCGCAAUGAUGAUGUUCAAGACCUUUGGUUAUAUCACCAUGGCCCAAGCCUUACAGUUCACGUCUGACUUCAAGCUUGGUCACUACAUGAAAGUCCCGCCGCGUCAAAUGUUCUUGUCUCAAGUCAUUGCAACCAUAAUCGCUGGAACGGUGCAACUUGGGGUUCAGGCCUGGAUGUUUACCAACAUUCGAGAUAUGUGUGCCCCUCACCAGCCCGACGGCUUCCGUUGCCCAAGUACGACAGUCUUUGGAACGGCGUCUAUUAUUUGGGGAGUCAUUGGACCUCAACGACAGUUCUCACAUGGCCAACUCUACUACGCCUUGACGUUCUUCUUCCUCAUUGGUUUCAUCUGCCCAGUCCUCGCCUGGCUCUGGACGCUCAAGUGGCCCAACUCCGCCAUCCGCUACGUCAACUUCCCAGUCAUCUUCUCCGGAACAGGCCUUAUCCCACCGGCGAACAGCAACAACUACGUUCCAUGGGCGAUUGUCGGGUUUAUCUUCCAAUACGUCAUUCGUCGCAGACACUUCUCGUGGUGGACUAAGUACAACUACGUCCUUUCUGCGGCACUUGACUCGGGUGUUGCCGUCUCCGCAGUGGUGAUCUUCUUCUGUCUCCAAUACCCAAAGAACGGGGCGAUUGGAGCGAGCACGAUACAGAGUUGGUGGGGCAACACCGUGUGGCUCAAGACGUCAGAUGCGAAUGGGUUGCCGCUGCUCACAGUUCCAGACGGAGGCACAUUCGGCCCAGCAACUUGGUGA